AUGCGGUGCCCACCAGCACUCAGUGAGGACAGCAGCACCCACCCCGCAAAAAGUGAGCCCAGCAGCGCCAACCCCGCCCUCAGAGAGUACAGCGGCGACCACCGAGCACUCAGUGAGCCCAGCAACGCCCACCCCGCAUUCAGUGAGCACAGCAUCGCCCACCCCGCACACAGUGAAGACAGCGGCGCCGACCCCGUACUCGGUGAGCACUGCGGCAUUCACCCCGCACUCAUUGAGCGUAGCAGCACCCACCACGCACUCAGUGAGCACAGCGGCGACAACCCCGCGAAAAGUGAGCACAGCAGCUCCCACCCUGCACUCAGUGAGCACAGCAGCAACCACCUCACAAAACGUGAGCACAACAGCACUCACCCCGCAAAAAGUGAGCAUAGCAGCGCCCAUUUUGCACUCAGUGAGCACAGUGGCGACCACCCUGCACUCAGAGAGCACAGCGACGACCACCCUGCACUAAGUGAGCACAGCAGUGACAACCCCGUACUCAAGGAGCAUAGCAGAAGCAACCGCGCAUUAGAGAGCACAGCGGCGCCGACCUUGCACUCAGCACAGCGGCGCCCACCCCGCACUUAG